AUGAGUACAGCGCUGCCCCUCCGUGACCGCCCUCAGUCAAACUCCCCAGAUCCUCCUGGGGGUUGGUCCCCAGGCCAGUCCACCACUCCCCUCCGUAUUGCCAAACGUGACUCCCUCCAACCCAUCCAGCUCUCCCGUAGACAGUCUUCCAGCUAUAAACAUCUGAGAAGUAAUCAUCUUGUGACAAAGUCUCCGUUCAGAUCCCAAAUCCCUACCCCCUCCAAGUCUCCAUCCACUCACACUCCUUCCCCUCGUCGCGCAAGUGGUGAAAAAAGACCCAGACCCUCUUCCCUGAUAUCUCAGGCAGAGAACGAGCAUCCUUUGGGCUUCAAACGGCGCCAAUCUAAGGGCUUUCAAGGUCUGCUUCAGAAAGAACCCGUCACCAAGAGCCCUUUCAAGCAGUCCGCCACCCUAGACCUCGACGUCGAAGACGUCCCUCCUCCUCUACCCCCUAAAUCACCCCGCGUCCCCUCUCCAUCCCCAGGCCGCCCUUCUCUUGUAUCAAAGCGUCUACAUGGUCCUCGCCAUUCCGGUAGCGCAGUCUCCAACGAUCGUCGAUCUAGGCGUAAGACGGUCACAUUUGACGAGCGCUGCGAUGUUGUCGAGUUCGACGUGGAAGAAGAUGUGGUCGAUAUCUCUCUCGAAUUAGACCGAGGCGACCCUACUGACGCUGAUGACCCAUUCCUGGAGGUCGAUGACGGCUCUGACGGCUCACAGCCUGCUAGUGAUACCAUCAGCGGUCUCGCUGAUUCCCUUCUGGACGGCCCGCACACCCCUCCUCGUACUACGAAUAGGCUACCCGAUGGCCUAGAGACCGAGGAUGGUGUUCCACUUGGACGAAGCCAUCAUGCAGACCGCUUUGCUCUUCAUCGUCACAACCACGAAUCACCACCGAUCGUGCAGGAUUCACCUGACGCAACGCCGCGUCUUUCUCCUGCUGUCUCCCCUCGAGCCUCAUCCUCAGUGGAACGACACUCUCCAGCGCAAGAGAUGGUUUAUCCAGCCAAUGGCUGUGAGCAGCUUGUCAUCGAGGAAAUAGAUGAAGAUGUGAACAUGCUGCCCCCUUCCCCCUCCCCCAUGAAAUCCAUCGCUUCACUGUCUAGUUUUCAUGGGAAUCCCGACGUCUCCCUGACCAAUUUUCACGUGCAUGUUCCCGCAGUCGACGAUUCUCAGCAUGUCGAUGAGGACGAUCCUUUCGCAUUCUCGGAGGUCGAAGUCCUACCUGCAUCGGACCCGUUUUCACUGCCAGGUGUACCACCCGCUAUCGUAUCUCCAGGAAAGUCAAUCGUUCAUUCGGAGAAUUUCACCCAGGGAAAUGUAUUUCGCUUACCAGAUAUUCCUCUUACUGUCGUUUCGCCGACUCCUCCUGGUAGAGCAGACGAUCACGCCGUCUCUUUCGUCGCGUCACCUUCACGCAGCCCGUUGGAGUCUCCAAUCCAGGCCGUAUCGACGAAAUCGAAUUCCGUUUCUCCGUCCUAUUCGCAAACAGAGUCACAACUCACGUUAAGUGAAGGGGAGGGGUCCUUGCUAGUACCGUUUCCUCUGCAGCGUACCUCGCCCAACGCUGGUAGCAAUGCUGGUAUCCUUGAAGAAGCGCCGUCACUCAAACCUUCUGAUGCCUGCCGUCUCAGGCAGGAUCAGGUGGAGUUCUCUGAAGAUACAGGUGCUAUAGGUUCCGCGGUUGGCAAGAACAAACAUCUAUUUGCAGAAGUCACAGGUGACAAUACUACUGACGCUGAUCCCUUGGAGGACGUCCACGUACCAGUCGCUUUUUUACCUGCUUUAGACAGAGGGAAGAAUGUCACCCCUAACGGAAUCAUGACCAUUGACCCCGAUCCUCAGAACGAUGAUCCGCCUAGGCCAACAGCCCUUGUCCGUGCUCACAUGGUGGAUGGUGCGGACAGUAACCACAUAUUUGAUGGCUUGCGUCUUGAGCUUGAGCGGGGAUUCGCGAUCGAUAGCAUGAACCUGGGUAUGCUCAGCGGACUUGUGCAAUUGGAGGACAAGAGUGCCCUCGAUCGUCUGAUGGACAACGUCGCGAAUGAUGUCAGUGGCUCUCCUGCGAUUAAUGGCCCCAGCAUCAUGAGUGCGUGCGAGCCUCUUGAUGUCACCAAUCGUGAACUUUCAUCGGGCAUCGGCAGUGCGAGCUCGACAGUCCUUUCGACGGGUUCAGGCAGAUCACUUGACUGUGCAUCUAUCCCUGAGUCCACGACUGAAGCUCUGGAUCGAGCCGACACGGCCUCGCGAUCUGAUGGCAGUGCUGGGAUAUCUUCUGCGUGUCUUGUAAUUCAACCAAAGGAUGCCAUUCGUGCCCGCGAGGAACUGAUCAAAGCCAAGAAGAAGCAGUCUCGUAGACGCGAAGCAGUGGAAGCUUUGGAGUACUCUCGCUCUCCGCCCUCGCUUGCAGCUCUCUCAAGACCGACCAGAAGGAGGAGUAGGAGCACUGGUGAUGCAGACGCUCACUCGGUCGACUGCGCCGUAACUCGAGGACGGAUGGCACUGACGGGUGGUCUCUUGGAUAUGUUUCCUAAUGGAGGUGAGGACGGACGGUUUGCAGAUACUGUCGAACGAGAACUACGGAAGCUGGAAGAACCUACGCGAAACUAUCGUGUUCGGGAACACGAAGAGACCAUUUAUGCUUCGUCCGACGCCGACCAAGUUUCUCAUUCGGACAUGGCUGGUGAUGUCAACUGCGGACGGGCGUGGAGGACUGUGAGAAGGCCUUCUGAUAUGAAUGAGUAUUCAAAGCAACUCAAGCAACUCCAAGCUCAGCAAAAGUCAGGCAAGGUGCAUGGCAAAGUCUUCGUGAGAGUACUUGGCCUGAGGGGCAUUAAUGUGCCUCUUCCGCAACAGCCAACUACUAUCACCUGCACCCUGAAUAACGGCAUCCACUUCGUCACCACUCCCGACUGUCAACUCGGCAGAGAAUGCCGUAUCGAGCAAGAAUUUGAGUUAAUCGAGCAUAGCAAGCUUGAAUUCACCCUUACCAUUAAAGUUCGCCGUGAUCCGCACAUUGUCUCGCAGUUCAAGGCAAAUACACCUCUACCGCCACCGCCGGCUGUGCCACCUCCGGCUUCCAAAGGCGGCAUGCGUGGUUUUUUCCUCGGCUCGUCUCCAAAGAAGGCGGGCAAGGUUUCUCCGCCAUCCAUACCUCAUCCUGUGCGGAAGCUGGAGGAAAAUCUUGCACGAUACCUGAAGCCUGAUGGUACCCUCGCAAGGGCGUUCGUGUCUUUCAGGGAUAUUGCCAAGCGCUGCGACACACGACUGUUCGAAACCGUAUAUCCUCUCAUUGGUCAGAGGUGUGAUGCGGGAUCUUCCGUGAAAACCUUCCAGGUCGGCGAUAUCAUACUACAAUUCUUCAGAUUGCCGCCCUUGUCAGGUAUUCCUCUAAACCAACUUCCCCAAAGCUUGGAAGAGUGUCAUCGUGGGUUACGACAUAUAAGCUGGCACAAAAUGACAUAUUUCGAAGGCACUUUGACGCAGGACGGAGGCGAUUGUAAGUCUUGGCGGAGGCGUCACCUUAGGAUCGUUGGAGCGAAUCUUAUCGCUUAUAACGACGUUACAAAGAAGGCGACUGCUACCAUUGACCUCAAAAAGGCGGUAUCCGUCGAGGACGACCGCGCCGGAGGAUCAACGCUCAUUAGGUCGACUGGAAUGCGGGAGUCGUUGAUCGACGACUAUGACGGACCCUACGGAAUCGAGCGCUCUUUCCGAUUGGUAUUUCCUCGCGACGAAGAUAUCACAUUUUUUGCCGACAGUGACGAAGAGAAGAUGCAAUGGUUGGAAGUGUUGCGGGCUUUGGUGGGCCAUAUUCCGCCUAAUCCGUUGUGGGCGGAAGUAGUUUGGCAGAGGAAGCACGAGUUACAGCAACCUUCAUAUGCCUUAUCGUAUGAUCCUCGUGAUACCCCUCCACCUCUUGCAUGA